UUGCAAACAGUGCAGUUCUAACUUUUUUUGUCGUAUUCGGUUCACAGUAAAUAACAAAAUGAAUACUUGCCAAAUAAACGAAAACUCCAACGGUUGCAAACAGGAAAGUUUUAUUAAAGUCGAAGAAACACGCUUAAAUGAACCGAUCGAUCUGAAAACUAAUAAUAUUAAACAGCUUUUGCGUACGCACUCCGGCAAGAAGUCUUUCGACCGUGAUGAAUGUGAAAGAAAGUUUCCUCGUCGGAGUUCUCUUAUUCUGCACAAGCUCACUCAUUCGGAUGAUGGAUCUUUCGGCUGCGAGAUCUGCAACAAAAGGUUCGAGGAAAAGGAGGUUUUGACGCAGCACCUAAAAAUGCACGAGCGGAAUUUUAAAUGUGAUGUCUGCGGUAGAGGUUUCCUUUAUCCGUAUCUAGUGAAGCUGCACGCGCGGCUACACUCUGAUGAUCCGGCCGUGCGAAAAUUCAAAUGUGAGAUUUGUGAGAAAGAGUACAUUACUCGGUCCAAUUUGAACUUUCACCUGGAAAAGCACCAAAAAUCUUUCGCGUGUGACGAGUGCCCGAAAACAUUCGUUUACUAUAAAUCACUACGCGAACAUAAGGCCGUACAUACCAAUAAACAAGCUAAUAAAUGUGAAAUUUGUGGGAAAAGUUACCCGAAAAGUUACCUCAAGGCUCAUAUGCGAAUGCAUGCUGGCAAUCAGCGCUACAAAUGCGAAGUAUGUGGAAAAAUCCUCUCGUCCACAAACGAACUCGAUAUUCACACGAAAGUUCAUCGCGGCGCAAAACCUUACAAGUGCGAGAUUUGCGACUUAAGUUGCUCUAGCAACUUUUCUCUGAAGACACAUCUACGGACGCAUACCAACGAGGAUCCUUUUGGUUGCGACGUUUGUGAUAAACGAUUUGCAGCGAAAGGCAGCCUGAAGUAUCACAUGGCAGUGCAUGAAAAUAAUCGACCCCACCAGUGUGACAUCUGCGGGAAAGGAUUUAUUACCAGCUGGAAAUUGUUGGCGCACACGCGCACGCAUACUGGUGCAUCCUUGAAUUCUCGUUUGAUGAGUAGUGGGAAUGAUGAAAAGUAGUAACGAAUGAAUAAAGUCAAUUUUCUAGUUA